AAGUUUUUGUUUUCUUUCCUUUCUCCCUCUCUCUGUCUGAAUAUCGAAACCCUAGACAUUCAUCUUCCAGAAUCUGACAAGUUUCCUUAACAGAACCCUAGAUUUCCUCAUCAAACCCUCAUUUAUCCAAAUCAGAUUCUCCAAUCCCCACCUCGAUUUCCCGCAUCGGUUCCUCCCUCGAUCGGCGACGUUUCCGAACAAUUCAAUUAAUUCAUCGUCGAUACCGUUACGGUGGCUAGCGCAUGGGUAAGAUUCUCCGAGAAACCGCGAAGCCGUCCUCGAAUUCUUCAUCGGCGUGUCCCUCUUCGGCACCCGCAACGACGUCGUCUUCUUCAGUGACCGAGACUGUGAGGGGUUCGCACCAGUUCAAGAUCACAGGGUACUCCCUUUUGAAAGGGAUGGGAAUUGGGAAGUACAAAGCUUCCGACGUGUUUACUGUUGGUGGAUACGAUUGGGCCAUUUACUUUUAUCCGGAUGGUAAGAGCGUUGAGGACAAUGCUACCUACGUGUCCCUCUUCAUCGCGCUCGCCAGCGACGGCACCGACGUUAGGGCACUUUUUGAGUUGACUCUACUGGAUCAGAGUGGUAAGGAGAGGCAUAAGGUGCAUAGCCAUUUCGAGAGGACCCUUGAAAGUGGGCCUUACACCUUAAAAUACCGCGGUAGUAUGUGGGGUUACAAGCGGUUUUUUAAGAGAACAGCUCUGGAGACAUCAGACUACCUUAAAGAUAAUUGCCUCUCAGUGAAUUGUAGUGUUGGCGUUGUGAGGUCACGGACAGAAGGUCCUAAAAUCUAUUCCGUAGUAAUACCUCCAUCUAACAUUGGUCAGCAAUUUGGGCAACUGCUGGAAAGUGGUAAGGGAAGUGAUGUGAAUUUUGAAGUGAAUGGAGAAAGUUUUUCUGCUCAUAAAUUGGUACUAGCAGCUCGUUCACCUGUAUUCAGGGCACAGCUUUUUGGUCCUAUGAAAGAUCAAAAUACCCAGUGUAUUAAAGUUGAAGACAUUGAGGCUCCAGUUUUUAAGGCAUUGCUUCAUUUUAUAUACUGGGACUCACUACCAGACAUGCAAGAGCUUACUGGAUUGAACUCAAAAUGGGCAUCAACCUUGAUGGCUCAGCAUCUUCUAGCAGCAGCUGAUCGGUAUGGCUUAGAGAGGCUUAGGCUGAUGUGCGAAGCAAGUCUAUGUGAAGAUGUUGCAAUUAAUAGUGUAGCUACAACUUUAGCCUUGGCAGAGCAGCACCAUUGUUUCCGGCUGAAAGCUGUCUGUCUCAAGUUUAUUGCUACUUCUGAAAAUCUCAGAGCUGUGAUGCAAACUGACGGAUUUGAGUACUUGAAGGAAAGUUGCCCAUCUGUUCUGACUGAGCUAUUGGAGUACGUGGCUCGAUUUACUGAGCAUUCGGACUUCAUGUGCAAGCAUAGGAAUGAAGCAAUACUUGAUGGCAGCGACAUAAAUGGGAGGCGGGUGAAGCAAAGGCUCUAGCGGGAACACUGAACAGCUUUCUGUACAACCUCUUCCACUCUCCUUUUUAAAAGAUAGCGAGAGCCAUGGAGGGAGAUUAUAAUCUUUAUAGGAUCAGAGGCAAUUUUUAAUUUUCUUAGCUUAUUCAUGUGUAAGAGAUGUAAAUGUAAUUUGUGUUUAUGUUGUUACUGUUCUGUUUGACGUAGGUUUCUGUAACAUCUUCUGUAUUUCUUUUUACUGGAAAACACGUCUUGAAAGUAUUGAUCUCUAAGUUUGUUUUUGUAUUUUAUCUCUGACAUUCUGUAUGUUUCUUCAGUCUAGCAGCAUAAGUACUGCAAAAACAUUUG